UCGCCGAGGUGACAUUCAGUCGAGAGCCACUGUUGAAGAGGAGCUGUAGUGAGAAACUUGAAAUUUGUGAAAAAUGGCUCAGGCGGUGCAGAAACUGGUGGCCAAAAUACCAACAAUGGUUGGCGCCGCCGUGACCUACUCCAAACCCCGGCUAGCGACCUUCUGGUACUACGCCCGGGUAGAACUCGUCCCUCCGACACCGGCCGAGAUUCCCAAAGCCAUCGGUGGUCUCCAGGACGUCAUCAAAGGAUUCCAGUCAGGACGGCUCGGUCAGACCACAGUCAGGGAUGCGCUGAGGAAUGGCUUGGUUGCCACGGAGGUUCUGAUGUGGUUCUACAUCGGAGAGAUCAUCGGGAAAAGGGGCAUUGUUGGCUAUGAUGUGUAAAUGUGGACUUUCCCUGAACCGUUUCCUCUCAGCUGAGCUUAUUUGUGUAUACUCUCCAUUACCAGUUCGAAACUGUCUUGGAACCCAGUGAAGAAAAUAAAUGUCUAUUGUUAAGUAAAGGCC